GAGGCGGUGGACGUGGUGGCUGGGCUGCGGCGGGCACAGCGGUCGAGGCGGCGGCGCGAGGAAGCGGAGCGGAGCCGGUUGAAUCCACGGAAGGCGAUGCUGCCGGGUGCGGGCCCCUGCGCAAGGCGGGCGUCGUGACAGGCCGGCUGGUGCUACGCCGCCCAGGGAGGCCGCGACGGAGCUCCCGGACUGGCCAUGGGCUGAGAUACGACCUCUUCAAGCAGUGACCCUUCCUUACCCCACCAGAACAUGCCUGGGUGACGCCCUCCCGAUCUUCCUCAUGGCCUUCCUCACCCUCCCCAGUGACACUAUGCAACCCCAGCGUGACUUGCGAGGCCUCUGGCUCCUGCUGCUGUCCUUGUUCCUGCUCCUCUUUGGGGUGUCCCGAGCUGGCCGUCCAGCGGUAAGCUGUCCUGCCGCCUGUCUGUGUGCCAGCAACAUCCUCAGCUGCUCCAAGCAGCAGCUGCCCAACGUGCCCCAUUCCCUACCCAGCUACACAGCACUACUAGACCUCAGCCACAACAACUUGAGCCGCCUGCGGGCUGAGUGGACCCCCACCCGCCUGACCCACCUGCACUCCUUGCUGCUGAACCACAACCACCUGAACUUCAUCUCUUCCGAGGCCUUUUCCCCAGUACCCAACCUGCGCUACCUAGACCUCUCCUCCAACCAGCUGCAUACACUGGACGAGAACCUGUUCAGUGAACUGCAGGCACUGGAGGUGCUGCUGCUCUACAACAACCACAUCGUGGAAGUGGACCGCUACGCCUUUGAUGACAUGGCCCAGCUGCAGAAACUCUACUUGAGCCAGAACCAGAUCUCCCGCUUUCCUCUAGAACUGGUCAAGGAAGGAGGCAAGCUACCCAAACUAACGCUCCUGGAUCUCUCCUCUAACAAGCUAAAGAACUUACCCUUGCCUGACUUGCAAAAGCUGCCUGCAUGGAUCAAGAAUGGGCUCUACCUGCAUAACAACCCCCUUCACUGCAACUGUGAGCUGUACCAGCUCUUUUCACACUGGCAGUACCGGCAGCUGAGCUCCGUGAUGGACUUUCAGGAGGAUCUGUACUGCAUGAGCUCCAAGAAGCUGCACAAUGUCUUCAACCUGAGUUUCCUCAACUGCAGCGAGUACAAGGAGCGUGCCUGGGAGGCCCACUUGGGUGACAGCUUGACCAUCAAGUGUGACACCAAGCAGCAGGGAAUGACCAAGGUGUGGAUGACACCAAGCAAUGAACGGGUGCUAGAUAAGGUGACCAAUGGGACAGUGAGAGUGUCUGAGGAUGGCAGCCUUGUAUUACAAAAGGUGCAGGUUGAGGAUGGGGGUGUAUAUACCUGCUACGCCACAGGGGAGGCUUUCAAUGAGACACUGUCUGUGGAGUUAAAAGUAUAUAAUUUCACUUUGCAUGGACACCAUGACACUCUCAACACAGCCUAUACCACCCUGGUGGGCUGCAUCCUCAGUGUAGUCCUGGUCCUCAUAUACCUGUAUCUCACCCCUUGCCGCUGCUGGUGCCGGGGUGUAGAGAAACCUUCUAGUCAUCAGGGAGACAGCCUCAGCUCUUCCAUGCUUAGCACCACACCCAACCAUGACCCUAUGGCUGGUGGGGACAAGGAUGAUGGUUUUGAUCGGCGGGUGGCCUUCCUGGAACCUACUGGACCUGGGCAGGGUCAAAACGGCAAGCUCAAGCCAGGCAACACCCUGCCGGUGCCUGAUGUGACCGGCAAGGGCCAGCGGAGGAUGUCGGAUCCAGAAUCAGUCAGUUCAGUCUUCUCUGAUACGCCCAUUGUGGUGUGAUCAGCAUGGGUUGGUGGGGAGAUUCUGCCCCAGGAGAGGUAAUGCACCCCUGAAGAAUAUGAGGGGGAUGGAAGAGAGGGCUGGCUGCCCAAGGGAGUGGGUUCCCCCUGACCUGAAGGGAAUUAGUGACAGGUACAACAGCAGGCAAGACCCCAACCAGGGUGUGACUGCCAUAAUUUUCAAAUAUGGAUGGAUAUAUUAAUCCUCAGGCAAAGGCUACACCCCUACCCAAAGCCCUGGUAAUUCUGAGUAUGGUAGAGGAGGAGAAGUGUGUCUUGAGUUGGAUGGGAAUGAGGAAGGGAUGAGUGAAAAAGUAGAUUCCCUAAACUUUUUCAAGAUCAUCUCUAGCUCCUUAAGAGAAAAUCACUUGGAAAAAAAAAAAAAUCGUUAUUUGUUUUCUCUGCCCACCCACACCUGUGAUGUUGUGGGGGGAGGGGUGGCUUGCCACAGGAGGCACAUUGGGGAACAGCUGUAGUAUCUUCUUUUGGCCAGGAAGUCACACGUCACAGCUGGGGAACUGAAAACAUUAGGAGCAUGAGUCAGGAAAGGUUAAGCCCUCAAUCAGUAAUGCUCCCCAAAGCUGUUUUGAGACUUCCCAUUAAUGCCUUCUUU